AGUCAGACUUAAAAAGGGUUUUCUUUUAGUUCCAUAUAUAGUGAGUAUCUGAAUACACAAUUCCCAUUACCGAUUUCUUGAUUUUGCAAAACUUUUGAGCUUCCGUUUUAGUGCGCCAUUAUUCUUUCAGCAUUUCCUACUGACUUCCCUCUUCAAGUAACAUUCUUUUUGCGAACCCCAAAUGGAAGAAACACAAGGACACAAGUUUGUAUGCAAGUUUUGUGACAAGAGUUGUGAUAGUGGAAAGUCAUUGGGAGGUCACAUGAGGGGUCAUUCAGCAUUGAUUUCAGCUGCAAAGAAUCAGAAAGAAGAAGCUGAUAGCAAAAUGGGUUCUCAAGAAGAAGCUGCAAAUACCCAUGAUGAUUUGAGCAUUUCAGAGCAAUCUGAUGGAAGCAUGAAUCAAGAAAAGGACAAUAAUAUCAUCAUUGGUGAUGAUGGUGACUCAGUUGGUUACGGUUUAAGAGAGAAUCCAAGAAAAUCUUGGAGGGUUUCUGAUUUAAAGAUUUGUUCUUUGGAAACGACAAAUAUCUGUAAAGAAUGUGGCAAAGAAUUCCCCUCCAUGAAAGCUCUGGCAGGUCAUUUGCGGACUCAUUCGAAGAAAGGGAUGGAAAAAGGUCAUAUUUGCGAGAAAUGUGGAAAAGGGUUUGCUUCAAUGAGGGCCCUUUUUGGUCACAUGAAGGUUCACUCGAAAAGAUUAAGGGUUGAUAAUCAAGAUUCUGAAUCAAAACAGAGUUUGUCUGAUUUCGAUACUGUUUGCCCUAUUCGGAAGAAGAGAUCAAAGAUAAAAUAUAAGAUGGAUGCAAGUUCUUCUUUUUCCGGUUUGAAUGAAUCCUCUUCUGCAAUUAGUGAAGUUGAUGAAAUGGAAGAAGCUGCUAGGUGUUUGAUGAUGCUGUCAUCAGGUGUUACGGACUGGGAUGAAUACAUUUCGAUUUCAGAGAAUUCUAAAAAUGAAAAUGUCAUUCUUGAAAGUGAAUCAUUUCACUGUGCUAAGGGGAUUUCUGCUGAUGCUUUUACUGUAAAGCAUUUGUCUCAUACUGUCUUUUCUGAUUCUGGUUGUGCUGAUGGUUACAAAAAGAACUAUGAAAUCGCUGAGUUUUCAGACAGGUUGAUGUUGAUCAACACUGAGAUCACAAAGGUGUGCUACUCUACUGAAAUGCAAUUUGAGAAUGAUCCAAGCUCAUCAGUUGUAAUGCAGGAUCUUGCUUUUCUGAAUUCUUGUUCAGUCAAGAAUGCAGGGCUGAAUAUGGUCAAUUCUCAAAUUGGAGUAAUCAGGACAAGUCCUGAUCCUAUCAAAAGCAAGGUUCACAAGUGCCCAAUUUGCUCCAAAGUUUUCCCAUCCGGCCAAUCUUUGGGAGGCCACAAGAGGGCUCAUUACACUGGAUUCACUGAAAGCAAAACUAAAGAGACUCUGGUGAAAAAUUUGGAUGAUGUUGCUGAUAAUCAUAAAUCUUUUGAUCUGAAUAAUCCUGUUAUUGCUAUGGAUGGAGGGGAAAAAGAUGUUGAGCUCAAGCUUUGGUGGGUUGGAAGUGGUGACGCGCUGAUGAUGUCGAGUUGAGAUAAUUCAUUCUCAGUUUCUGCUCUAGAGGUUUAAGAAUCAGAUAAUUCAUGAUUCUUUUUCGUGCUUGAGUUUCAUCAUUGUAAAGAUAGUUUUCAGUCUUGGAAUACUUAAAACAGUUUGCUGCCUAAACCAUAAUGAGAAUGAGGCAUACAAAUUACAACAUUACUGGUUACUUUUUGUUCAUUGCAUUCUUGCAUUGGUAGUACAUAUUUUCCCAGCCCACAAUACACCUAUGCAUGUCUUAAUCCCAAGAGUUGGAUUUAAUCUGUUGAGUUGGUAAGAAACAUGUUGAGAUG